GUUUUGCUGGCUGCGUGGCUUGGGGCGAGUGGCGUCCCCAGCGCCCGCCCGCUUCCCUGGGCCCUGCUGGGGGCUCGGGCCAUGGAGCGCCAGCCGGGCCCGAUGCCUCUGCGGGGCGGCUGGUAGCGUGCCCUUUCCAUGGCCAGCUGCAGCGCCAAGGCGGCCGCGUCGCUCUUCAAACGCACUCUGGCGCUUUCUCCGCCGCGCGGUGCUGGGCCCGGAACUGGCGGAGGGGGCGGACGCUGCGGCGGCUCGGGAUCCGCGUGCGCGACGUCCUUGGGCAGCGGGCGGCUGCGCUCCGGGGGCAGCCGCCUCUUGCAGCCGUCGCCGGCCUCCGCGCCCGCCGCCCUGCCGCCCCGCUUCCUGGCCACUCAGCCCCUCUCGCCGCCUGUGCUCUUCCUGCAGGACUCGCUCAGCGCCAGCCUCCGCAUCUGCUACAAGUACUUGAACCAGACCAGCCGCAGUUUCGCUACUGUCAUCCAAGCGCUCGACGGAGAGUUGCGCAAUGCCGUGUGCAUCUUCUACUUGGUUCUCCGAGCUCUGGACACGGUCGAGGAUGACAUGACCAUCAAUCUGGAAACCAAGAUCCCCAUGUUACAGAACUUCCACUCCUACCUGUAUCAGCCGGACUGGAAAUUCAUGGAGAGCAAGGAGCAGCACAGACAGGUGCUGGAGGACUUCCCAACGAUCUCCUUGGAGUUUCGGAACUUGGCCAAGGUUUAUCAGGAUGUGAUUGUCGAAGUGUGCCACAGGAUGGGCCUUGGGAUGGCUGAGUUUCUGGAAAAGAAAGUGGAUUCCAAGCAGGAUUGGGAUAGGUAUUGCCACUAUGUUGCUGGCCUGGUUGGGAUUGGCCUCUCACGGCUCUUCUCUGCAUCUGAGCUGGAAGAUCCCAUCAUCGGACAUGACACGGAGCUCGCCAACUCCAUGGGACUGUUCCUGCAGAAAACCAACAUCAUUCGAGACUACCUGGAGGACCAAGUUGAAGACAGAGAAUUUUGGCCCAGUGAGGUUUGGAGCAAGUACGUGAAGAAGCUGUCUGAUCUGGCCAAGCCAGAGAACAUCGACAAGGCCGUCCAGUGCAUGAACGAGCUCAUCACCAACACGCUCCAUCACGUUCCUGAUGUCUUGAUCUACUUAUCCCGGCUAAAAAACCGAAGUGUAUUCAAUUUCUGUGCUAUUCCACAGGUGAUGGCCAUCGCCACUUUGGCUGCCUGCUACAACAACAAGCAGGUCUUCAGGGGCACAGUGAAGAUCCGGAAGGGACAAGCUGUCACCCUAAUGAUGGAUGCCACUAACAUAGACGCUGUCAAAGCCAUCAUGUACCAGUAUGUGGAAGAGAUCUACCAGAAGAUCCCAAGCACUGACCCUUCUUCCAGCAGAACUCAACAGAUCAUCGCCUCCAUCCGAUCCAUGAGUGUACCCAGCAGUGCCCUCCUCUCCCGGAUCCAUUACUCCCCUAUCUAUUUGUCCUGCGUUAUGCUCUUAGCCGCCUUGAGCUGGCAGUACCUGAGCACCGUCUCAAAAGCGACUGAGGAAUUCGUGCACACGGGCGAGAACUGAGUACAGAGCUCCGUGGAUGUGUCGCUUUCUGGGAAUUUCCCCCGUUUCUCCUUCUCCCCCUCUUUUUGUGUGUGUGUGUUGGGGAACUGUUGGAUUCCCAGGACUGCAGGGAGCAGGACUCAGACUUUAAUCGCAAGCCAGUUGGGACUGGAUGUUUUAGCCUAGAAACCCCUUCUGGAUUUUGAAGGAUCUAACAGAUAGCUGCUUCCAAACUCGGACCUAAUUUCCCUUUUGAAUGAACUGGUUACAAACAAGUCUGUUUUGAGUCUUACUUUAUACUUUUUCUUUACUGCAGACUGUUUUGAUCAAUGUUUUGGACAUGCUGCUUUUUAACUUGGAAGUUAAAGAUGCAUCUUUGUUGCUUGUGACUUUUGACAGUAAAAGAAAUGUGCAAGAUAA